AAACAGACCGUUCUCCUCACGUAGGUAGCACGGCGGCGCAGACCGAAGAAGCAUCGGGCGGGCACGGACGGCGGCGUUGGUGCAUCGACCGCCGGCGAGAAAUAGAGAGAUGAAGACGGUCAGCCUCGGCGCCUCCAGGCCCUCCACCGUCAACUUCCGCAUGCCGACGAGGGACAACCUGGUGCCGAUACGCGUCGACAUCGAGGUGGACGGCCAGCGCUACAGGGACGCCUUCACCUGGAACCCGCGCGACCCCGACUCAGAGAUCAUCAGCUUCGCAAAGCGGACGGCCAAGGACCUCAAGCUGCCGGCCAAUUUCGUCCCCCAGAUGCUCCAGUCCAUCCAGGGGCAACUUGCGGAGUUCCGCUCCUACGAGGGGCAGGAGAUGCAGAUCAAGGAGAAGAUUGUGCCUCUCAAGAUUGACCUCCGAGUGAACAACACUGUAAUAAGAGACCAGUUCUUAUGGGAUAUUGGCAACCUUGAUAGUGACCCUGAGGAAUUUGCAAGGACGCUAUGUGAUGAUUUGAACAUUACAGAUCCUGAAGUUGGGCCUGCAAUAGCUGUUUCCAUCCGUGAGCAGCUUUAUGAGAUUGCUAGUCAGAGUGUCUCUGUUAUGAGAGAAAAGCAAUUGUCCAAGAAGGGAAGGCGAGCACCAGAAUUUUCUUCGAAUAGCAAAGCCGUGAACAAUGCAGUGGACUUGUUCAAGUAUUUCGGCAGCAAAGGAAGCGUCAUUCGGAAAAGGAAGGAAUGGUAUCUGUAUGAGCCCGUUGUCGACGUUGUAGCUAAUGAGGAAGAUGGAAAAGAGGAGCCUAAUAAUUCUAGUAGGCCGAAGAAGCGAGCAGAAGAAGAGAAAGUUGCAAGUCUUCAAUCCCUUUGAUUCAGACGUAGGACUACAAUCCUGAAGAGAAUUGUUGAGCAAGCUGCUCAUUGUCCCUAAGCUCGAAGGGUUUUCAGCCAAAAUUUGUUUGCCGUGGGGAUGCUGCCUGCCUGACAUUAUUAGUCCUAGGAUGUGUUCAUUGUUGUUUGCAUGCCUUCAGCAAUAUGUAUGUAUAGUGUCAGAGUGUUUAUUCCCUGAUGCCGGUGCCUUGACUCUGUGACAUCCAUUGUUGAAUAUACCUUCAAUCUUCAGUAACAUGCAUUGUUAAAAGA